AUGCAGAUCUUCGUUAAGACUCUUACCGGAAAGACGAUCACUCUCGAAGUCGAGAGCUCUGACACCAUCGACAACGUCAAGGCCAAGAUCCAGGACAAGGAAGGCAUUCCACCGGACCAACAGCGUCUCAUCUUCGCCGGAAAACAGCUUGAAGAUGGCCGGACCUUGGCCGAUUACAAUAUUCAGAAGGAGUCGACUCUUCACCUUGUGCUGCGUCUCCGUGGUGGUUUUUGAAUUGUUUUAUGAUCAUAUUUUGUGUGAUGUUUCUGUGAAAAAGUGGUGGUGAUUUCGGUGGCCCUAUUGUGGCUUAUAAAUAAAAUUGUGCUUUGUUAUAAUACUUGUUUUUAUGCAAUCAAAAUUAUGAA